GUGCCUCACGGAUAGGGGGAGUGCGAUGUGUGCGUGAGUGUGCCCGGGCUUGAAAUCGCAUCACAGCUUCCAGUUCCAGUAGAAACCGAUAUUAAAUUCGAUUCGCACCGGAAUAGGAUCAGAUUGAAGACUACGGUGGAAACUAGACCUAUGGUGACGUAUCAUAUCGCGGUACGUGUAAAUUCAGUAAAUUGUUGCAAAAUGGAAAGAAUGCUCGAAGAACGGAAAGCAGGAGAGAGUCUAAGGGAAAGAGUCUGCUUUGGAGACAGAGACGGCGUGGAAGAACUCUUGAUUCUAGGCGUCGACGUUAACACGCGAGAUGUCAACGGAUGGACUGCUCUACAUUGGGCAUGCAAAAAAGGAUACAUGGAUAUUGCUUUCUUGCUCUUGAAGUAUGGUGCCGAUAAAAAUCUACGAUCCGAGAUUGGCGAAACUCCUGCAUCUGUUUGCAGCAAACCAUUUUUAUCUGAUUUUGAACGAUUGUGUAUCUUACAUGAUUCAUCAUUACAUGCAGUCACAUCCACGUAUGCUCCACCAGAUUUUUUGCGAGCUGCAAAUUCCUCCACAAUUAGAAAUAAUAUACAUGACAAAAGCAGACUCCUCACACCAUUUCAAGAUGAAUUGGUACUAAAAAUCCGAGUCGCCAACACAUCUGAUCCAGAUUUUAUAGAAGUAGAUUUACCCCGAAGUGAAUUAACAUAUCAGGCCCUAUUGCAUCUGUGUUGCAAGGAAUUGGAUUUGAAUUUACAGCAAAUUCACAAAUUACGAAAAUUACCUAAUACCAAAUUGAGAAGAGACAAGGAUAUUCAGAGGCUUCAGAACUUUCAAGAGGUCGAAGUUGUCAUAGAUACGACGAAUGUAUACAAGAAUAUGCAAAAUACCAAUGGUAUCACCAAUAGUUUGCCAACGUUACCAGCUAAUGGAUAUCAGAGUAUAUCUAAGAAGGAUCAGACUAUUUUGUAUUGACUAUUUGCACCGAGAAGAAUUUUUUUCGCAUUUCAAGAGAAUUUCAAGAAUUUACACAUAAUCUAGUAUAUUAAUAAAAAGGAAACUAUUUGUUAAACAAUAAACUACAUUUUUUUACCAAAUAAUAUUUAAGAGACGAUAUGUUUCGAAGUAAUUACAUAAUAUUUAGUCUGCGUUUUGAUAUUCCCAUCAAAUUAAAAAUAUUAAAAAUCUAAACUUCAUGUUGUAUAUAUUAUAGAUUUUCAAUACUGAUUUUGAAAUAUAAUCUUAAUAUGCUUCA